AUGUUCGCGUGGCUCUCUGGCAUCGAGCAGUGCGUCUGCUCCCAUGCCCAGGACAGAGGCACUGUCUGGGACACGAACCUGGAGAUCAACGACAGCUUCCCAGCGGUACCCGGGUUCAAGGACUCGCUGGUCUUGCAGAGUACGGAGUACCCGGAGACCCUUCCUCGGCUACGUGGAAAGCUGCCGCCCGGCCCGCGGCUGCGGUCCGUGCCCACCUUCCGAGCCUCUGAGUCCGAGACGAUGCAUGGCGAGCCGCUGCUGCUUGGCACGCUGAUGCAUAUCAAGCUGGAGGAAUCCGUUCAGCAGAUGACGGUCACGCUCUAUGCCAACGGCUUUUCAAUGUCGCCGAUGGCCGGAGGAAGUGAUACGAAGCGAGUGAACCGGGCCUGGUCACCCUUUUCCCUUGUGGAGAAGUGCCAGGUCAAAACCUUGCAGCACUCUGCCUACUGGGCGGUAUUCAAGCUCACAGUCUUCCGUUCGGGAGGGCACGACCUCUGCCUCUACUUCGCCUGCACGGGAGGCAAUGCCUACAAGGAGCGCGACCGGUGGGUGGAGAAGAUCGGUUCGCUUUGCGGUGAGGUGACCCGAUCCCUCUUCCCACCGGCAGCCGAGAUCAAGGUCCAACCCCUGCCGGGCAUCGAAUCAACCUCCACCCGGAUAUUGGCCGGCUUUCUCCUCCAAGGGUGCAACAUGGACACCUGCCAGCUCGUCUACGCCGAGCUCCACGCGUACGUUGCAGGAGAGGCGAAGUUAACUCUCUAUCGGGACGAGUGGUGCGACCGAGAGUUGUCGACGAUCAUUCUUUCCAAUGCGUCCACUGUCAGCACGCGGUCCGGCGUCCACUGCAAUGUCUUCGGUAUCGACCAUCACCGCUUCUGUGCCCGCGAUGCCGACGAGAAGGAGCUCUGGCUCCGGGCCGUCAGCAACGUCAAGGUGAAGCUGAUGUUCGAGGCGCCGGAUCCGACGCCUGAGGAGCUGUGGAUCUUCCGCCACUCCGUCCAAGAGCGGAUAGCGCUGCUGGACGGCACCCGCGCCACUCAGACCACCGAGGCUCUCCUCUUGGAGGUCACGAACCGGCCGCCAGUGAGCCCCAAUGGCGACUCGGUGGACCCAGAUCCCAUUGAGGAUCCGCACCCCGAGGGUCCGACUCCGAAAGCGGAGGCGUUUCGGCAAGGGGGAGGCAGCGGCGAUGUCGCUGCCGGCCCAGCCAAUGCUUCCAACCCUCCCGCGCCGGCGCAGGUGCACACGCUGAAGGUUCCGGAACCAGCCGAGGGCGACUUGUCCGAAGGGCCGGCGGCCGAAGCUGUUGAUGCCAAGGAGGUGGCCGCAGAGCAAACCGAUGAGCAGCUCCACCCUGGCGAAGGCUCCGUGGCCGCUCGCGUUCCCCGGGCCCGAGCUGCCCCGAGGCGACUCAAAGAUGUGGCGACCCACGAGGCAACGCUCCGCACGAACACGACCGAGGAGGUGGAGGAGCCAGAUGUGGCGGCGGAGAGCCUGCAGGCCCAUCCUUGCCUCGGUGACUUGCUAGUGCGGGAUGGAAGAAUUCUGGAGGGCGUUGGCCGCAACAGCAUAGACAGCCGAAUCAAUGGGGCUCUAUCAGCAAGCUCUGUAGGCUUCAAGCUUCAGAACCCCAUAUCCAGAACCCCAAAGGCCAUUUGCUGUCCUUUCGAGAAUGCCGAGGGCCUGUUCACCUCUCGAAGAAGGUGUAGCGUUGGAGGUCAGCUCACCGACAAUUCCUUACCACAGCCAGAACCAGGCUUGGCAAGGCACAAAGUAGCAGCAAACACCAAGCAGCACAACUUCUUUCCUCACUUCCUGCUGCCGUUUGCCAAAGUAGCAGAUCAUUUUUCAGACGUGUGA